AUGUCUUCCUCCCAACCUAUCAAGAUUCUCAUAGCCAAUCGAUCUGAGAUAGCAUGUCGCCUCAUCAGGACAUACUCGCUCUACUCGAGCGUCCAAACAGUAGCUCUAUUCACCCCUUCUGAGAAGGAUGCCACACAUGUGCGUCUUGCAACCGCAUCAGUGGCGCUCCCAGGAGAAGGUCCACGGGCAUAUCUGAAUGCGGCCAAUAUUGUCAACAUCGCGAAGAAAGAAGGAUGCUGGGGUAUCGCACCGGGCUAUGGGUUUCUGUCCGAAGACGCCGGAUUCGCUAGACUAUGUGAGGAUGAAGGUAUCAUAUUCAUCGGACCGUCGAGCGAGCAGCUGGCACAACUUGGAAACAAGAUUAGUGCGAGGUCUUUGGCCGCAAAUGCAGGCGUUCCUAUUCUUAAUGGCACGAAGACUACACGGGAUCGAGCUUCUUCCAUCACAGAUGUACUGGCAUUUGGGAAGAGCCUGAAACCAGGCAGUAAAAUCAUCCUGAAAGCCGCGGCUGGCGGUGGAGGGCGCGGUAUUCGCAUCAUUGAUGACAAUACAGAUGAGCAGGCGAUUCGCUCGGCUUAUGAAGCCUGUCAGCGAGAGGCACAGGCAUCUUUCGGCGAUGGAAGCUUGUUCGCAGAGAGAUACCUCUAUGGUGCUAAACACAUUGAAGUUCAGCUCCUUGGAGACGGCACUGGCCAAGUUUGCCAUUUCUGGGAAAGAGAAUGCUCGCUCCAGCGCAGAAACCAGAAGGUCGUCGAGAUUGCGCCUUCGCCCUCCAUUACGCCACAGCUCAGGCAAGCUAUCAUCGAAGCUGCGGUGAAUUUAGGAAAAGCGGUGAAGCUGCGAAGUCUCGCCACAAUCGAGUUCCUUGUCGACGCAGCAACCGACGACUAUUAUUUCAUGGAAGCGAACCCAAGGAUACAGGUCGAGCAUACCAUUACCGAACAGAUCAACGGCAUUGACUUGGUAGACUUACAGCUACAGGUUGCCUUGGGACGAACCCUGGUAGAUCUGCAAAUAACACGGGACCCUCCACCGCCUCGACUUACAUCCAUCCAGUUGCGCAUCAACGCCGAAAGUUUCAGGCAAGAUGGCACAGCGCAACCUGAAGCGGGGACUAUUCGACAAGGAUAUUUUCCUACAGGAGUGGGCGUGCGAGUUGAGACGGCUCUCGAAGGAGGCCGCCAGUAUGCUGUCAGCCCUUUAUUUGACAGCCUUUUGGCGAAACUUAUCGUCACCUCAUCUUCGUAUGAGUCGGCACUGCGGUUGGCUCGUCGAUCCAUCGAUGAGACAAGGAUAGUAGGAUGCAGGACAAAUCAGGCGUUUCUCAUGGCUUUGCUGGAUUUCCCAAUCGUGCAAGAAGGCAAGAGCAAUAUUUUGACCAUCCAGGAAAACUUCGCGGCUCUUUAUAGCGCCACACAGAAGUUUGAAGACGAAUUGCGUGUUAAAGUUGACAGUAACUCCGAAGAAACUACCUCGGUAACCAAGGAUGCUCCCAAAGUUGAGCGACCUGCAGGCUCUGAAGAGCUGCUCGCACUUGUCACGGGAGUUAUUCUUUCCAUCACAGUACGCGAAGGCGACAAGGUCACUGCUGGCCAAGAAUUGGUCGUUCUCGAGGCGAUGAAAAUGGAACAUUCCGUACAGAGCGCCUACAACGGUGUGGUGGCCAAAGUGGCCGUCAAGGAAGGACAACAAGUAACUGCCGGCGACGCACUUGUCUUCAUCAAUUCGGAUGGCGACAGUCCAUCCACCAGUACGCAAGACCUAGCCGAGGCUGAAGACCCACAGAAGCUCCGGCCGGAGCUGACGGAGCUGAACGAACGCCAGGCCUUUCUACGGUACGCCGGCCGCGAAGAUAACGUGGCCAACCGCCACGCAAACGGAUAUCUCACAGGUCGAGAAAAUCUUGACUUACUUGUGGACAAGGAUUCGUUCAUUGAAUAUGGAGACCUCGUGGUUGCGGCGCAGAGGAAAAGAUACCCCUUGUCACAUCUCAUCGCUCGAACAAGCGGGGAUGGCAUCAUCGUAGGUUGGGCGAAGAUGGACUCUCAUCCAGUCGCAAUGGUCAUUGGCGACUACCUGGUGCUUGCCGGAACGCAAGGACACUUUCAUCACCAGAAGUUGGACCGCAUCUUCCAAUCAAUCAUUGAUCAUCCCGCGCCAAUGGUGUUGUACGCCGAAGGAGGCGGUGGAAGACCCGGUGACACCGAUCACUUGGGCGUGGCGGGCCUAAAGACACCAUCAUUUGCACUGUUGGGUCAGAUCAGGGCAAGAGGGAUACCUUCGGUUGCAGUAGCAAAUGGAUACUGCUUUGCGGGCAACGCUGCGUUGUUGGGAACAUGCGACAUUGUCAUCGCUACAAGAGGCGGAUCCAAAGACGCGCCGCAGAGGAAGUCCACCACCAUUGGCAUGGGUGGUCAAGCAAUGAUUGAGGGUGGUGGCCUUGGCCGAUUUGAGCACGAAUAUAUCGGUCCUGUCGACGUCCAUGCGCGCUCUGGUGGCAUUGAUGUACUGGUGGACACCGAGGUCGAAGCGGCCUCGAUGGUCCGCAAAAUCAUUGCGCUGUUCACACAUCCUCGGCUGCCACCAGCGCAAAGUCCUUACACCGCGGAUCCACUUCGCCUGCGCACCGCAGUGCCACCACUAUCCUCUCGUCGCCGAGCCUACGAUGUUCGUCGUGUGAUCAACCUUCUCUUGGAUGACGAUAGCUUUAUCGAGUUCUGUCCCCAAUGGGGAGUUUCUGUGCUGACAGGCUUUGGCCGCGUCAAUGGCCAAGCAGUCGCCAUCAUAGCAUCUAACUCCUCAUCCAGUCUAGGUGGCGCUAUCGAUGUCGCGUCCGGAGCAAAGGUCAAUCGUCUUCUCCGUCUUCUCAUCCGCCUCGGAGGCAUGCAUGUCCUCAGCCUCUGCGAUACCCCGGGAUUUAUGGUCGGCCCCGAUUUCGAGCGCUCGCUCGAAGCUCAAGGUGGCGGAAGCACAUACCGCUGCUUUGGUGACUGGUUCGGCAACUCCCAAGAAUUUGCCCUUCUUGGUGGUCGCGUCUUAGGAGUCGUACUGCGAAAUGGAUUUGGCCUGGGUGCACAAGCGAUGCUGGGUGGUGGAAGUUUGAACAACAGCAUGUGCGUCGCCUGGCCGAGUGCCGUCUUUGGGGGCAUGGGGAUCGAAGGCGCUGUGAGGCUUGCGUACAAGAAAGAAUUAGAAGCUAUUGAAGAUCUUGAAAAGAGGAAGAAAAGAGAACAAGAAAUGAUCGACGCCAUGUACAGUGAAGGAAAGGCCGUGAAUAUGGCUAUGGCGUCUGAGAUUGAUGGUGUGAUUGACCCGGCUACCACGAGGAAAUGGCUCGAGCAGAUGAUUGAGGUGCUGCCUGAGAGAGUACCGACGUAUAUUAAGGCACGAAGACGUACGAAGAUAUGA